AUGCAGAUAACACUGAAUCUCGACGAAACCAUCGCUGAGCGGCUGCAGGCGGAGGCGAAACGUCGCGGGACCACGGCGUCGGCGCUGGCCGAGGCGGGCAUUCGCGAAAUCCUCGGGGAGGGUCCGGUCGCGGACGAGAACCGCGAUACAUUGUCGAAUGUGCCGCGACGCACCAACCUGGUUGACACUCCCGAGAAGCAGGAAUUCCGCCGUGUGAUGGAGGAAUAUUUCGGAGGGCCGGCCCCACAAACUGCCGAGGAGUUGUUUGAAAGGCUACCCAAGUGGAACAGCGGUGGGGAAUUGGUCGAUAUUACCAACAAAGAGGAACUCUAUCGGGUGAUGGACGAGGACGAUGGUUUUCGAUACUAA